AUGAAUUUCAAACGUUUCGGCAACAAAGGAAAUCAGCUUGGAGAAUUUAUGAAUGUUCAAGGAGUGUGCCACAAAAACGGACAAGUUUACAUUACGGACAGCAAGAACCAGUGCAUUCAGGUUCUAGAUGUUUUGUUGGGAAAGUUCGUGAAUAAAUUUAAUUUAUCAAGUUUGCCGCUAAAACUUCAACCUUUCCUAAUUGGGAUUAGUACGGAUCUAUCCGGGAAGAUUUACGUUACUGAUUAUGAGAACCAUUGCGUCCUACUGUUCGAUGCUGACGGCAGCUAUUUGAAGAAAAUUGGCUACAACAAUUUGUUGGGACCGAAGGGGUUGAUGAUCGACAGCCAGAGAAAUUUACUGGUCAUUGACAACAGGGGCUGUUGUGUUCAGACAUUCACAGCAGCUUUGGGGGAACUUACAUUCCGCUUUGGCAUUCAGGGCUACAGAGAUGAGGAACUCUGCAGACCUCAUUUCUGCGCCCUCUCCAACGACGAAAACCACGUUAUAAUCACAGAUUUCAGAAGUGAUAAGGUCAAAAUCUUCACAAGGGAAGGAAAAUUUGUAAAAUGCUUCGGGGCUAAUGGCCUCAGAGGGCCAACCGGUUUAGCGGUUCAUAAAAAAUCAGGCGAUAUAGUUGUUUGCGAUUUUGGAAACUCGAAAAUCCAGGUAUAUAAAUCAAAUGGUUCGUACAUGCACACCGUUGAUACGUCCGUAAGCCAGUUAAGUGGACCGCAGGGCGUUUGUUUCAUCGAUGAUGACCGCAUUCUUGUGGCUGACUCUGGCAACCACUGUUUGAAAGUAUUUAAUUACAAAUCGUAA